AUGAGCGGCCACUUUGACGAGGACGUCCACGAGAGCAAGGGUGGCAAGUCCCCCACGCUGCUCUCGUCCUAUUGCAUUGACAGCAUUCUGGGGCGUCGGAGCCCGUGCAGGGUCCGACUUAUAACCGCCCUGCCCGCAAGAGGGGAGAGCGACAAGACGCCGGAGGGGCCGACCAAAGAGCUUUCUCUGAGCGCUGACAUGCACCUGCCCCCGAAGCUCCGCCGCCUAUACGGCCCUGGAGGCAAAUACCUCCAGGAGCAGGCGGACAAGCUGGAGCGCGAGCGGCUCCUCCUGGAAGGCGCUGCAGAGAGCCUCAAAAUAAUCCAGGCGCCGCAGGUGAGCAUCAGCCGCAGCAAGUCGUACAGGGAGAACGCGACUCUGAGCCAGCCCGAAGGCGAACGGAGCCCCGGCGAGGGCUCGGAGGACGGCGGCGCGCCGGGCCUGGUGGAGCUCGGCGCGUUAAAGUUCGACGAAGACGCGGUGAAGACGGAGGAGGAGAGCUGCGGAGACGCGGCUGCGAGUCCGUCGCCCAAAGACGAGGAGAGAGAGGGUUUAAACGCCGGGGACGGGGAGGACAGCGUGUGUCUGUCGGCGGGCAGUGACUCGGAGGAGGGCAUGAUGAAGCGCAAGCAGAGACGAUACAGGACUACCUUCACCAGUUACCAACUGGAGGAACUGGAGAGAGCUUUCCAAAAGACGCACUACCCCGACGUCUUCACCAGGGAGGAGCUCGCCAUGCGUUUGGAUCUGACCGAAGCCCGAGUGCAAGUGUGGUUUCAGAACCGCAGGGCCAAGUGGAGGAAGCGUGAAAAGGCGGGUGUGCAGGCCCACCCAGGGGGCCUGCCCUUCCCGGGCACUCUGGCAGCAGGCCACCCUCUCAGCCACUACCUGGAAGGAGGACCCUUCCCGCCUCACCCGCACCCCGCCCUGGAGUCGGCAUGGACGGCAGCCGCAGCCGCAGCCGCCGCCGCCGCCGCCUUCCCCGGCCUCGCCCCGCCGCACCACAACGGUUCCGCGCCGCCUCUCGCCACCCCGCUGGGCUUGGGCACUUUUCUGGGCACGGCCGCCAUGUUUCGCCACCCGGCUUUCAUCGGGCCCACUUUUGGGAGGCUCUUCUCCAGUAUGGGUCCUCUGACCAGUGCUUCCGCCGCUGCGGCGCUCUUGCGGCAGCCCGCUCCACCUGCGGACAGCUCCCACGCCGGCAGCAUCCUCCCAGACCCGACCCCCUCUUCCGCCCCCUCAUCCUCAGCUGCGGCUGACCGUCGGGCCUCCAGUAUCGCCGCCCUGCGCCUCAAGGCCAGGGAACACUCGGCUCAGCUCACCCAGAUCAACAUCCUCCCUCCCGGCGCGACGGGGAAGGAGGUGUGCUGAACAUAUUGACGCCUCCCUCUCUCCUGUUCUACCUUGCCACUCCGAACGUUGGAGCUCUUUGACCCCCAACAUAGUAGCACGACCAAAGUCACACAAACACUGACUAAAAACAGAAGACACAGCAAGCGUGGGUGACUCUCUGGCCGAUCCAAAAGUGUCCGUACAAAGACAAACACAGUCAGCAAUGCCAUCAUUCAAAAUAUGAAAUAUAGACCCAUAAAUGACAUUUCACCUUAUACAACAUUGGUUUCUGAAAUGUAAACUGGCCCACAGGACUAAAGGUUCCCGGCGCUUGACUAAAGAAGUUUUUAUAACAAAAUGUCAUGAAAAAGCACUGCAACAACUAAUGUUAAGAUACAGUAGAUCAAAUGUAACCAAAUGAUGAAGCAUGAGUUAAAAAAAACAAUUAUAGAAAAAGAAUCACUCACACUGUUGCUCUGCUGCUUCCGUUCACAUGAAGGCAUCGAUGCGGGCCGGCCACCUGCCCGACCACACAGAACCAAAGGAAACUGGUCCACAGACCUGACUUAUGUCUUCUCUUCAAGCAUUACUCCUUUCACGCUGCUCACCUGUCCUCAGGCCACACACGCCAGCCCAGCUAGGACGUCACAAAUGACUGCGUGAAAGAUAGCUGUACAUAUUAUGUAAAGAGGGAGGACAACAUACAAGAAAAAAAAAAGUGAUCCAUUUUCAAAACAGAAGCUUGUGUAUAUUUCAGGAGGCUUGGGAUGUUUUGAUAAUUUGCACUCGGUGUAGUGUGUGAUGAAUGUCGCCCUGUGUAGAACUUCAUCUGUGUUCUAGGAAUGAUUCGAUUUUUAGAUCAUUAUUUAUGUCCAAAGCGCCCCUUCCCCUUAUGAACUGAGAAGUCUAAUCUGAAUAAAUGACCUUGAUGAAAUGAAUUCUUCAUUCAGGGCUGAAAUGACGUGAAAUGUUAUAGAACUAUUAAUAAAAAGUGUUAUGAGCAGA